UAAGGUCUAGGCUUCAGCUGAACGGGCUAACGGUGUUUCGAUGCUUGGGACGGUAAUAACUGUUAACUGCUAUACUAUGACCCUAUCUGCUCCAUGUAACAGAGGACUUAAAGACUAGUUAGCUCCCUGAAUCUAAUGCCUAAGCUUCAGCUCAGCAGCUAACACAGUCAGUGUUGUGGGGCACAGCCGCUCGCAUCAUGAGCAACCUUCCCUUAGACCUUAAGACUGGCUAGACUGAUUUACCAAUCUAUAAUGUUUUUGCUGACAUGGGUAAGUGACUGUCACUGACUGACAUAACAAGAGAAAAACUGCUGAUGCGAAACCAAAUUGCACCUUGUGUAUUCUAAGCAGGUUGAGACCCCGACUGAGUUCUGAAAAUAAUAAAACAAAGAAUGUUUUGGGAAAUUGGUCCGCAGUCCUACAAAACCACCAGCCGCCAGUUUCCCAUCUAUUGUCUACACAGGACAGCUACAUAGUCUACAGGAUAGCUACAUAGUCUACAGUACAGCUACAUAGUCUACAGUACAGCUACAUAGUCUACAGUACAGCUACAUAGUCUACAGUACAGCUACAUAGUCUACAGGAUAGCUACAUAGUCUACAGGAUAGCUACAUAGUCUACAGUACAGCUACAUAGUCUACAGUACAGCUACAUAGUCUACAGGAUAGCUACAUAGUCUACAGUACAGCUACAUAGUCUACAGGAUAGCUACAUAGUCUACAGUACAGCUACAUAGUCUACAGUACAGCUACAUAGUCUACAGUACAGCUACAUAGUCUACAGUACAGCUACAUAGUCUACAGGAUAGCUACAUAGUCUACAGUACAGCUACAUAGUCUACAGUAUAGCUACAUAGUCUACAGUACAGCUACAUAGUCUACAGUAUAGCUACAUAGUCUACAGUACAGCUACAUAGUCUACAGGAUAGCUACAUAGUCUACAGGAUAGCUACAUAGUCUACAGGAUAGCUACAUAGUCUACAGUACAGCUACAUAGUCUACAGGAUAGCUACAUAGUCUACAGGACAGCUACAUAGUCUACAGUACAGCUACAUAGUCUACAGUACAGCUACAUAGUCUACAGGAUAGCUACAUAGUCUACAGUACAGCUACAUAGUCUACAGGAUAGCUACAUAGUCUACAGUACAGCUACAUAGUCUACAGUACAGCUACAUAGUCUACAGUACAGCUACAUAGUCUACAGGAUAGCUACAUAGUCUACAGGAUAGCUACAUAGUCUACAGGAUAGCUACAUAGUCUACAGUACAGCUACAUAGUCUACAGAUAGCUACAUAGUCUACAGUACAGCUACAUAGUCUACAGUAAUUACAGCUACAUAGUCUACAGUACAGCUACAUAGUUCAGUACAGCUACUAUAGUCUACAGUAUAGCUACAUAGUCUACAGUACAGCUACAUAGUCUACAGUACAGCUACAUAGUCUACAGUACAGCUACAUAGUCUACAGUACAGCUACAUAGUCUACAGUACAGCUACAUAGUCUACAGUACAGCUACAUAGUCUACAGGACAGCUACAUAGUCUACAGUACAGCUACAUAGUCUACAGUACAGCUACAUAGUCUACAGUACAGCUACAUAGUCUACAAGUAGUCUACGACUACAUAGUCUACAGUACUAGCUACAUAGUCUACAUAAGCUACAUAGCUACGAACUAAUAGUCUACAGUACAGCUACAUAGUCUACAGUACAGCUACAUAGUCUACAGAAGCUACAUGUUACAAGUCAGUCUACAGUAUAGCUACAUAGUCUACAGUACAGCUACAUAGUCUACAGUACAGCUACAUAGUCUACAGUACAGCUAAUAGUCUCAGAAGCUACAUAGUCUACAGUACAGCUACAUAGUCUACAGUACAGCUACAUAGUCUACAGAUAGCUACAUAGUCUACAGUAUAGCUACAUAGUCUACAGUACAGCUACAUAGUUACAGUAAUUCCAAGCUACAUAGUCUACAGUACAGCUAUAUCUACAUACGCUACAUAGACAGACAGCUACAUAGUCUACAGUACAGCUACAUAGUCUACAGAUAGCUACAUAGUCUACUACUACACUACAGUAGCUACAUAGUCUACAGGUACAGUAAUAGUCUACAGUACAGCUACAUAGUCUACAGUACAGCUACAUAGUCUACAGUACAGCUACAUAAGUCUACAGUACAGCUACAUAGUCUACAGUACAGCUACAUAGUCUACAGUACAGCUACAUAGUCUACAGGUAUCAGCUACAUAGUCCUACAGUACAGGCUACAUAGUCUACAGUACAGCUACAUAGUCUACAGUAUAGCUACAUAGUCUACAGUACAGCUACAUAGUCUACAGGAUAGCUACAUAGUCUACAGUACAGCUACAUAGUCUACAUACAGACUACAUAGUCUACAGUACAGCUACAUAGUCUACAGUAGCUACUACGUCUACAAUAGUCUCACAGAAGCUACAUAGUCUACAGUACAGCUACAUAGUCUACAGUGAUAGCUACAUAGUCUACAGUACAGCUACAUAGUCUACAGUAAGCACAUAUCUACAGUAUACAAGUCACAGAUACAUAGUCUACAGUAUAGCUACAUAGUCUACAGUACUAGCUACAUAAGCUCAUUUACAGUACAGCUACAUAGUCUACAGUAAGCUACAUAGUCUACAGUGUACAUAGCUACAAUAGUCUACAGUACAGUAGCUACAUAGUCUACAGAUAGCUACAUAGUCUACAGAUAGCUACAUAGUCUAUACAGUACAUAGCUACAUACUCUAGUCUACAGUAUAGCUACAUAGUCUACAGUACAGCUACAUAGUCUACAGGAAGACUUCUAUAGCUACAGUCUACAGUACGUACAUAGUCUACAGUACAGCUACAUAGUCUACAGAUAGCUACAUAGUCUACAGUACAGCUACAUAGUCUACAGAUAGCUACAUAGUCUACAGUACAGCUACAUAGUCUACGUAGUACUAGUCUACAUCUACAUCUACAGUAACUACAUAGUCUACAGUAAGCUAACAUCUAGUCUACAGUACAGCUACAUAGUCUACAGUAAGCUACAUAGUCUACAGGAAGCUACAAGCUACAGUACAGACAUGUCUACAGUACAGCUACAUAGUCUACAUCAGCUACAUAGUCUAAAGUGAUAGCUACAUCCUACAGACUACAUAGUCUACAGUAUAGCUACAUAGUCUACAGUACAGCUACAUAGUCUACAGAUAGCUACAUAGUCUACAGGUAGCACUAGUCUACAUAAGCUACAUAGUCUACGUACGCUACAUAGUCUACAGAAGCUACAUAGUCUACAGUACAGCUACAUAGUCUACAGUAAGCUACAUAGUCUACAGACUAGCUACAUAGUCUACAGUACAGCUACAUAGUCUACAUAAGCUACAUAGUCUACAGAUAGCUACAUAGUCUAAAAGUACAGCUACAUAGUCUACAGUACUAGCUACAUAGUCUACAGUAUAGCUACAUAGUCUACAGUACAGCUACAUAGUCUACAGGACUACAUGUCUACAUAGUCAUAUACAGGAUAGCUACAUAGUCUACAGGAAGCUACAUAGUCUACAGUAGCUACAUAGUCACAGAAGACAUGUCUACGAUAGUCUACAGUUACAUAAGCUACAUAGUCUACAGUAAGCAUUACAUAGUCUAACAGUACAGCUACUAGUCUACAGAUAGCUCUAGUCUAACAGGAUAGCUACAUAGUCUACAGUACAGCUACAUAGUCUACAGUAAGCUACAUCUACAGUACUAGACAGGAUAGCUACAUAGUCUACAGUAAGCUAAUAGUCUACAGUACAUACAUAGUCUACAGAAGUACAUAGUCUACAGAUAGCUACAUAGUCUACAGACAGCUACAUAGUCUAACGGAUAGCUACAUAGUACAGUAAGCUACAUAGUCUACAGAAGCUACUAGUCUACGAAGCUACUAGUCUACACGUACAGCUACAUAGUCUACAGUAGCUACAUGUCUACAGUACAGCUACAUAGUCUACAGGAUCAUAGUCCAUAGCUACAUAGUCUACGAAGCUACUAGUCACAGUAGCAGUCUACAGCACAUAGUCUACAGUAAGCUACAUAGUCUACAGUACAGCUACAUAGUCUACAGUACAGCUACAUAGUCUACAGUAGCUACAUAGUCUAAGUAACUCAGUCCACGUAUAGCUACAUAGUCUACAGAUAGCUACAUAGUCUACAGAGUACUAGUCUACAUUAGUCUACAGUACAGCUACAUAGGCUACAGUAUAGCUACAUAGUCUACAGACAGCUACAUAGUCUACAGUACAGCUACAUAGUCUACAGGAUAGCUACAUAGUCUACAGAAGCUACAUAGUCUACAGUAGCUACAUAGUCUACAGAUAGCUACAUAGUCUACAGUACAGCUACAUAGUCUACAGUAUAAGCUACAUAGUCUACAGAUACAGCUACAUAGUCUACAGGAAGCUACAUAGUCUACAGUACGCUACAUAGUCUACAGUAUAGCUACAUAGUCUACAGAUAGCUACAUAGUCUACAGUACAGCUACAGUCUACAGUAGCUACAUAGUCACAGUAGCUACAUAGUCUACAGUACAGCUACAUAGUCUACAGUACAGCUACAUAGUCUCAGAUAGCUACAUGUUACAGACGCUACAUAGUCUACAGUAGCUACAUAGUCUACAGUAAGCUACAUAGUCUACAGUACAGCUACAUAGUCUACAGUACAGCUACAUAGUCUGACAGUAAGCUACAUAGUCUACAGUACAGCUACAUAGUCUACAGUACAGCUACAUAGUCUACAGUAUAGCUACAUAGUCUACAGGUACAGCUACAUAGUCUACAGGCUACAAGCGUACACAUUACGUCUACAGAAGCUACAUAGUCUACAGUAGCUACAUAGUCUACAGUAAGCUACAUAGUCUACAGUAUAGCUACAUAGUCUACAGUACAGCUACAUAGUCUACAGAUAGCUCAUAGUCUACAGUACAGCUACAUAGUCUACAGUAUAGCUACAUAGUCUACAGUCAGCUACAUAGUCUACAGUAUAGCUACAUAGUCUACAGUACAGCUACAUAGUCUACAGUAAGCUACAUAGUCUACAUAAGCUACUAGUCUACAGAAUCAAGGCUACAUAGUCUACAGGAUAGCUACAUAGUCUACAGUAAGCUACAUAGUCUACAGUACAGCUACAUAGUCUACAGAUAGCUACAUAGUCUACAGUACAGCAUUACAUAGUCUACAGUACAGUACAUAGUCUACAGACAGCUACAUAGUCUACAGGAUAGCUACAUAGCUACAGUAUAGCUACAUAGUCUACAGAUACGCUACAUAGUCUACAGUACAGCUACAUAGUCUACAGUACAGCUACAUAGUCUACAGUACCGCUUACAUAGUCUACAGAUACAGGCUACAUAGUCUACAGGAUAAGCUACAUAGUCUACAGUACAGCUACAAGUCUACAGGAUAGCUACAUAGUCUACAGUACAGCUACAUAGUCUACAGUACAGAUACAUAGUCUACAGGAUAGCUACAUAGUCUACAGUACAGCUACAUAUCUAAGGAGCUACAUAGUCUACAGUACAGCUACAUAGUCUACAGUACAGCUACAUAGUCUACAGGGAUAGCUACAUCGUCUACAGUAUAGGCCAAUAGUCUACAGUACAGCUACAUAGUCUACAGCAGCUACAUAGUCUACAGUACAGCUACAUAGUCUACAGUACAGCUACAUAGUCUACAGUACAGCUAAUAGUCUACGGAUAGCUACAUGGCUACAGUACAGCUACAUAGUCUAGCAGUAGCUACAUAGUUACGUACAGCACAUAGUCUACAUAGACUAGUCUACAGGAUACUAUCGUCUACAGUUACAGCUACAUAGUCUACAGUCAGCAUAUAGCUACAUAGUCUACAGUAUAGCUAAUAGUUAAGGAUAGUACCAUUAUAGUCUACAGAUAGUAAUAGUCUACAGUACAGCUACAUAGUCUACAGUACAGUACAUAGUUACAGUUAGCUACAUAGUCUAAUAGCACUAGUCUACAGUAUAGCUACAUAGUCUACAGGAUAGAACACAGUCACCUGUUUAGUCCACAAUAGGCCCAGUCAUCUGUUGGCCUAUAGGCUAUCACAUUCUUUCUGGGUCAUUAUUUAAUGCUGAAUAACUUGACUCUUAAACCUGUUCUUUGCUAGAUACCUUCAUGUGCUACCCUGUAUGUUUUUACAUUUACAUUACAUUUACAUUUAAGUCAUUUAGCAGACGCUCUUAUCCAGAGCGACUUUACCUUUUCCAUAUUGGUCAUUUAGCAGACUGCUGUUGUCCAGAGCAACAUAGUCAGUACAUCUGUAUGGUACUGACUGUACUGACUGAACAUCCUCAUUUUAACCUGUCCUAAAUCAAUCUGUCAAUUAAUUAAUUAAUUAAUUAAUUAAUCAAUUAUAUUUUGUCCCCAGCGUUCGCAGACCUUCCCAACCUCAUGCAGCACCUGGACAACAACUUCAAGUACUGGAAAGGCCUGGACGAGCGGAAGCUGCACAGCCUGCGUCCUCCCCCAGAGUAGGAGCACCCUGUCUUGGGUCGACGCCGGGCCCCGGGCCCCUCCCUGGUUCCUGUCCUCCUCAUCUCCUCUCUCUCCCUGUCAGCCCAGCUCCGUCCAGGGCUACCAAGCCUUCACUCUCCUGCUUCUGUGUAGCACGCCACCAAGCGUCCACAUGUCCGUCCAACAGAGACAACACAUACUGACAGACGGACGGACAGACCGGACGGACGGACAAGCUGCAGCAACACCAGGCUCUUGCUUCAUACGUAAACCUCGCCAGCUGAGGAUGGACGACGGACAGACACGCGGAGCCUCAGAGUCCUUAUAAACUACCAGUGAAUGAUGGGCUUGACUGUAUGCGCCUACUGCUGCCAGUGAGGCUGUGUGAGGGACGGUUCUUCUCCCAGCCAACCUGGUGAUGGAUGUACCAUCCCCCUAAUACUCUCACACACACGGGUUCCCCCUGCCUCUCUCUCUCUCUCUCU